GAGGCUGCGAGUCCCCCUGGCCCCAGCUGGGUUGUUUGUUCUCUGCUGGGCACCGAGCCGGGGAGAAAAGCAGCAUUUUCCUCCCUGUUUUGAAUUUCUCCUCCCUGCUGGACUUUCUGUCUUUGUUGAGGAGCAGCUGAGCCACGAGAAGGGCAGGGGCAGAAGGGACGGAAGAGGAGGAGGAGGACGAGGAGGAGGAGGAGAGCAUCGGAGGAAGGCAGGGGCCCCACGGCCAUCGCAGCAGGGAAAGUCAGCCCAAGUGAGCCUCGCUGGUGGAGAUGUCCUACGUGAGCUGUGCCUUGCGGGCAGCUGCCCCCCGCCUGCCAGCCCCCUGGAGGAGCCCCCGGCCCUUCAGCAGCGCCACAGGGCCCACGGCCAAGAAGAGUGUCCCGUACCAGAAGACCCUGCAGGAGGAAGGCCCCGGGAGUGGGGAGCCCAGCCGGCCCCCACCAUCCUCGGCCGAGGUGGUGGUGGUUGGUGGGGGCAGCCUGGGCUGCCAGACCACCUAUCACCUGGCCAAGAUGGGGGUCACCAACGUCGUGCUGCUGGAGAGGGACCGCCUGACCUCGGGCACCACUUGGCACACAGCUGGUCUCCUGUGGCAGCUGCGUCCCAGUGAUGUGGAGGUGGAGCUGCUGGCGCACACACGGGAUGUGGUCAGCCGGGAUCUGCCGGCGGAGACGGGGCUGCACACGGGCUGGGUGGAGAACGGGGGGCUCUUCAUCGCCUCCAACAAGCAGCGCCUCGACGAGUACAAAAGGCUCAUGUCGCUGGGGAAGGUGUAUGGUGUGGAGUCCUACGUCCUGACCCCAUCACAGACUAAGGACCUGUACCCACUGAUGAACAUUGAUGACCUGUAUGGCACCCUGUACGUCCCCAAGGAUGGCACCAUGGAUCCAGCUGGGACCUGCUCAACUCUUGCCAGAGCAGCAACUGCCAGAGGAGCUACGAUCAUUGAGAACUGCCCGGUCACCGGCAUCCAGGUCAGAGCUGAUGAUUUCGGGGUGAAGAGGGUGUAUGCAGUGGAGACAGCCCACGGGACCAUCCAGACCCCCUGCGUGGUGAACUGUGCAGGUGUGUGGGCACGAGCCCUGGGCCGGCUGGCCGGCGUGCACGUGCCGCUGGUGGGGAUGCAUCACGCCUACGUGGUGACCGAGCGCAUCGAGGGCAUCCAGAACAUGCCAAACGUUCGCGAUCAUGACGCCUCGGUCUAUCUCCGUCUCCAAGGUGAUGCCCUUUCCGUGGGUGGAUAUGAGUCAAACCCCAUCUUCUGGGAGAAGGUAUCUGAAAAAUUUGCUUUUGGCCUAUUUGAUCUGGAUUGGGAUGUUUUCAUGCAACACAUCGAAGGUGCCAUCAACAGAGUACCAGUGCUGGAGAAAACGGGCAUUAAGUCCACUGUCUGUGGGCCAGAGUCGUUCACAGCCGACCACAAACCGCUCAUGGGGGAAGCUCCAGAAGUCCGAGGGUUCUUCCUUGGCUGUGGCUUCAACAGCGCUGGGAUGAUGCUGGGAGGCGGCUGUGGGAAGGAACUGGCUCACUGGAUCAUCCACGGGCGGCCGGAGAAGGACAUGUACGGCUACGACAUCAGGAGGUUCCAUCACUCCCUCACCGACAACAACCGCUGGAUCCGGGAGCGGAGCCACGAGUCCUACGCCAAGAACUACUCCGUCGUCUUCCCCUACGACGAGCCACUGGCAGGGCGCAACAUGAGGAAGGACCCCCUGCACGAGGAGCUGCUGCGACAGGGCUGUGUUUUCCAGGAGCGGCAUGGCUGGGAGAGGCCGGGCUGGUUCAGCCCCGGGGGUGCAGCCCCGGUCCUGGAUUACGAUUACUACGGCGCGUACGGCCGGGAGCGCCACAAGGAUUACACCUACAACCGCCUGCUGGGCGACGAGUACACCUUCGACUUCCCCCCUCACCACGACGUUAUCAAGAAUGAAUGCUUAACAUGCAGAAAUGCCCUGGCUCUCUUUGACAUGUCUUAUUUUGGGAAAUUCUACUUGGUUGGACCUGAAGCUACAAAAGCAGCAAACUGGCUGUUCAGUGCUGACGUGAGCAAAGCACCAGGCUCCACCGUGUACACCUGCAUGCUGAACAAGCAGGGGGGUGUGGAGAGCGACCUGACCGUCAGCAGGAUCAGCCCUGGAGACCCAGCCUCCCCCCUGGCCCCUGCCUUCGAAGGGGAUGGAUACUACCUGGCUAUCGGUGGGGCCGUGGCCCAGCACAACUGGUCCCACAUCACCUCUGUGCUGCAGGACAUGAAGCUCCAGUGCAAACUCCUCGACUGCUCGGAGGAGCUGGGCAUGAUGAGCAUCCAGGGCCCUCUGAGCCGCGUCGUCCUCCAAGAAGUGCUGGACACCGACCUCAGCAACGAGGCCUUCCCCUUCUCCACCCACAAAAUCACCACAGCUGCAGGAUGCACGGUCCGUGCCAUGAGGUUGUCGUUUGUGGGCGAGAUGGGCUGGGAGCUGCACGUGCCCAAGGCAGACUGUGUGAAGGUUUACCGGGCGGUGAUGCAGGCGGGGGCCCGGCACGGCAUCACCAACGCCGGCUACAGAGCCAUCGACAGCCUCAGCAUCGAGAAAGGGUACAGGCACUGGCACGCAGACCUGCGCACCGACGACACCCCGCUCGAAGCCGGCUUAGCCUUCACCUGCAAGCUCAAGUCCAGCAUCCCCUUCCUGGGCCGGGAGGCUGUGGAGGCCCAGAAAGCCAAGGGCAUCUUCCGCCGCCUCGUCUGCUUCACCACGGACGAGAAGGUGCCGAUGUUCGGCCUGGAGGCGGUCUGGAGGGACGGCAAGGUGGUCGGCCACAUCCGUCGGGCAGACUUUGGAUUUGCCAUCGACAAAACCAUCGCCUAUGGCUACAUCCGUGACCCUGAGGGGGGCCCAGUCUCACUGGAUUUCGUGAAGAGUGGCAGCUACGAGCUGGAGAGGAUGGGAGUGACCUACCCCGCCCGAGCACACACCAAGUCCCCGUUCGACCCCGACAACAAGCGAGUGAAGGGCUUUUACUGAGCAGGUGCUGCAGGCACUGGGUGGGGAGAAGGAAGAGCCCAUGAGGAGCUGCCAGCAGAAUUCCUGGCCCCUGGGUGCCCCAGCUGGCUCCGGGGUCAGAUGGAAGAGCCAGGCAACUGCCUGCAGCGAACUUAUCAAGCGAAUUUGGGUCGAAUUGGAGGGGAGAAGAGGAAGAGAUUCUAAAAAGUCCAAAGACUCUGUUGCUCUGUUUCCCAAGUGAAGCAGUGCCACUGCAGCAAUAAUUCUUUUCCAUGGGUUAAUUGCCCUGAAAACAGUGUUUUGUCUGACUGCAUAUGAAGUGGUUUCAGUUUUUGACUUUGCUGGAAACUCUUUCCCCCAAAAUGUAGUUUCACGCUGCCUGGAAAUGAAUUUUUUUUAAACUAACUCUGCUGUUAAUACAGCUGUAGCCUCCAAACCUGACGAACCUUGGAUCCCUUGCUGUGUCUGUCCUCACUUGAAGGGGUGUCACCUUCUGGCUGUGCCUGGGGACCCCGAGCUGGGGUGGGAACACUCGUGGGGGAUAUGGAGGGAAGGGGCUGAGGCACAGGGCUAUUGCUCAGGUUCAUGCUGGGGAUGCUCUGUCUGCUGCAGGGUUUUCCUCUACCAGUACUGUUUGUGCUUAUGUGUCACAGAAUCAUGGAAUCCCAGACUGCUUUGGGUUGGAAGGCACCUUCAAGAUCACCCCCCUGCCAUGGGCAGGGACACCUUCCACUAGCCCAAGUUGCCCCGAGCCCUGUCCAACCUGGCCUUGGGCACUUCCAGGGAUGUCACAGCCACAACCUCUGGGCUGCUCCCGACACAGGCAGGGCCAGCUGAGCGCUGUGGUGUAAGAUGGGCAGGCAGGGCACCCACACCUUGUCCCCAUCCUCUGGCAGCAGAGCAGCAGACCCCUUCUGCUCUGCUGGCAUCUUCCCGAAGGUCACCUUGGAGGUGGCUCCUUCCAGCUCCCGACAGAGAGGGCUUUGCCUGCAGAGGCUGAGCCGUGUGCUGCCAGCCCUGCGGCCCCCGGCACACAGAGCCAGGCUCGGAGGCAUCGGGGAAGGUUUUCCAUCACACGCACGCAUCCCAUGAACCCCCUGCUGCCCAAGGGAAGGGUCAGCGACUUCCAGCCUGUCCCCACAAUUAUCCCUUGCUCUGCUCCCUUUGCCUGGCACAGCGAGGGCCUGAUCUCUGCUGAAGGUUUCACCCGCCUGAAGAAAUAAUCUCACUCCAUGCUCUUCCCCUUUUCUUUCCCUUGACUAGGUUUGCUUGGUUCGUACCCUCUUUAGAGCUGAUUUCAAUUCCUUAACCUCGUGCCACAAGCGCUACGGGC